AUGAAAUACUUCUCAGUUCUUGCGGUGCCAACAUUGGCCGCACUCGUUAGUGCCCAAUCUGCACCAAACUUCCCUGUCCAAGUCGACAACAAUCUGCGUGUCGACUUCCUCAAUAGUUCUACAAGCGUCAGCCCAGCUGGAAUUCUGCUGCCCAGAGACGAUGUUUUAUAUGGCCCGACAGUGUAUGGACCACAGAACGCCACGGAAGAAGCCACCUACAUACUGUUCAUGGUCGACGAGGACGUCAAUACAGGAAAUGGUCCGCGAGUGCAACUGCUUCACUACUUCCAGCCCAACCUUGUCGGCAUCAACCAUGAAUUGUCGGUUCAACCACAGGCGCGAAAUGCCACAACGGCGGUUGGAGCGGAGUAUCUGACUCCCUCUCCGCCUGCAGGAGAUGGGCCACAUAGAUAUACGCUGCUGCUCUAUCCGCAGCCAGAAGGCUUCACCGUGCCACAAGCGUAUAUCUCUUUCAGUCCACCUGCCGAUACGAAUGCGAGAUAUCCUUUCAACAUGUCUGGUUUCGCCGAGGCUGCUGGCUUGGGACAACCGGUUGCGGCCAACUGGUUCCGCGUGGUGAAUGACACUACCAGUUCAACUUCCACGGCCUCAAGCUCUGCCGGCCCAGCAACUGCGACUGCUGCUACAACAUCGGUUGAAACGAGUGCGGCCACUUCGGCAUCGGCUUCUUCUGGUGCGAGUGCAAGUACAAGCUCUGCAGCCAAUGCCGCGGCUGGUCUAGAUGAAGUGCGUGGGAGUGCGAUAGAAUUGGUUGCGGGACUUGCUCUAGGAAUCGCUGGCGCAUGGUUAUGGAUGCUGUGA